AUGUUUCGUCGAAAUUGUGACGGCGCUGGAUUGUUCGACACAAAUGGCAUUGCCCUGAAGGAUGUCCCGCUAAAAGAGAUAUCUGUUCAUGCCGAGGUGCACAACCUGGUUGCUAAUGUUACUUGUAAACUCGUCUACAAAAAUGACUCCAAGGAUUUGGUUGAGACACGAUUCGUCUUUCCGAUUGACGCGGACGCCGCUAUUUACCAUUUCGAGGCAGAGAUUGGUAAAACGCGUAUUGUGGCAAAGUGUCGAGAACGGCUUGAGAUGACAUUGCAAAGUGAUUUCAAGUUUGACCACGAUCUGGAAAUAGAAAUCGUGUUUUCCGAUCCGACCAAAUUGAUGGUCACAUACGAGGAAGGUGAUUCAAAGGUUGGAAGCGGAAUUCUCGCCCUCGACUGUCUGACUGUGAACUUCUUGCCAAUGUUUAAGGAGGACACAGACGCACGCAAUGAGGUCGUUUUUCUCAUUGAUCGCUCCGGAAGCAUGAAUGGGAAGAAUAUAUUACAGGCGAAAGAGUCUCUUCUUCUGUUCCUCAAGUCGUUGCCAACGGAUUGUCGUUUUCAGAUAGUCGGCUUCGGAAGCACCUUCUCCGCACUGUUUAAUGAACCAAGAGACUACACCGAGGAGUCCAUGGAAACGGCUCUGGAAUACCAAAAGAACCUGACCGCGAACAUGGGUGGCACAGAAGUUUUGGGAGCUCUGGAAAGCAUUUAUGCCAAGGAGAUCACGGGCUCUGGUUGGCACAGGAAGAUCAUCUUUCUUACAGAUGGCGAUAUUACCAACCAACCACAGGUCAUUUCACUCGUGCGACGCAAUGUGAAGACUACGCGACUCUUUGCAAUCGGUCUCGGAGAUGGCGCUAGCACAUCCCUUAUUACAGGCGUGGCAAGAGCCGGCGGUGGAAAGUCUGCAUUCGUGCGGAAUAAAGAACGUCUUCAGCCUGUUGUUCUGCAAAUACUGCAACUGGCCCUGCAAUCGUUGGCAACUGACGUUGAAUUGACUUGGUCAAUUACCGGAGACGCUAAAGGGGAUGCCAUUCCUGCCGAGGUGUCGCGCCAGGAGGAGUUUGGCGAGCCCAGUCUCCCCUUUCACCGACAGGCAGCAAAGGUGCAGAUUCUGGAGCUGGCUGACAAGCAUGCAUCGCUUGUUGAGACACUGAAAGACAAGGAACAGGAGAAGACGGAGGUCGCGCGCGUCCAGAAACAAAUAGUCGCAUUGUCAACCAGUGCCAACGUCAUUUCAAAAUUCACCGCAUUCGUUGGUGUGGAUCCAGAGAAGUUAGGUGAGUUCCGUUUCCUGUAG